AAUAAAAUAAUAAAAUAAUUAGAGUGCUCUAUUUUACAAAGGGAUUAUUUUGAGUUAUUUGAAACUCUACUUUAUUAGGUUUAAGGGAACUCACAAUAUUUUAUUAGUGUGAGCACCGUAAUAAAUUACAAGGGAUUCUUCUGUAACAAGAUAGAGAACUCACAAACGGAAUUCCCAAGUGAGUGGCUCUAGGCAAAGCUCAAUUUGACAGCACCGCUCUCUGUUCCUCUCUCUAAACUGACAUCUCUCCUCCCUCUCUCUCUCUCUCUAAACUGACAUCUCAGCGUCUCUCUUUUGUCGCACCAAGGACAUUUAUCCUCUCUCUCUCCUUGACGCUUUCAAAGUCCUUACCGAAAGAAGCCAGCGCAUUAAUGCUGCCAUGGCCGCCCCUCUUUGACCCAAAAAACCAGCACUCAUUCUCUCUCCACAAGUCCCGCCCAUGGCCUGCAACCCUGCUCUCCGCCUUGCCCAGCCCUGAACACCUCUCUUCUCUCUCUAACAAUUCUUGUAUGGCACAACCAUUCCCUGCAAAUUCUUCCUUCCCAUCUCUGAUCGAUUUCGGAGAUGAAAACAACAACAAUACCCACCCUAGCCUUGAAGAAUCGCUGGUCCAGCAAUGGCGAUCAGACCAGCCCCCAAGGUCUCUUAGAGAUAGGCACUCUAGGCCUCGACCUCCUAACCCUUCUUCUCGCUCUUCGACCGACUCGCCAGAAUUUGGACAUUCUGGCGCUGGAUCCUUGCCAGAAUUCGCAGAGCCAAGGGAAUUUCGCCAUGGCUCUGAAGAGUCGGUGCCUCCCCGGAGGUCGUCACCUCAGAGCACUUUGGAUGCCUUCCUCUCUUCUCCUCACCCUACUCCUCAACCCAUUUUGCCGAGUAUUCCUGAUAGAGGUGACGACCCACCAUUUCGACGCCAUGUUCGGAGUGGCUUUGUUGAGGAUUUUCCAGCAGUUGCGGAGAAUGCAGGGCUCUCUUCUCCUGAAAAACCCGGUUCCAGAUCUCAUGGCGAUGAUAAUAGAAGUUCUCUGAGCUCUUUAUCAGAUGAAUUCUCUGAAACUCUUCAGUUUCCAGACGCCCCAUCUUGUCAAGCAUCAGGUUUUAAUUCAGUUUCUCAAUUUCCAGACCCUCCGUCUUCUCAAACAUCUGGUUUUUCUUCUUCAAUUCCUCCAUUUUCAGCUGACCAAUCUUCUCAGCCAUCUGGGUUUUCUCCAAACUAUUCGUUCUCACCCCCUGCUUCGCAUUCAGACUCGUUUGAGCCACACCUCUCUGGUUUUAAGCAGACCAAUUAUUUCUCGGAGCCCACCUUUGUGGCUGCGAGAGAUGGUUAUCAACAGUCAGAGGACGAUGAAAAGAAUGACGAGAAGCUUCACGAAGUCGGCGACAUAAUUGCCCCUCUGGCUCCUUCAAGACACAGGAAAACUUCCUCCUAUACGCAACAGUCAGGCCAGGUCUUUGAUUCUUUCCCUCAAGUGAAAAGGAACCCCAUAAGGAAACACAGUCUCGACGAGAGGAUCCCGAAACACCUCACUCCUCUCUACCAUUCGAAAACAGAAGGUUGUAGAAUCAGUGAUGAUUAUUGGGGUGGUGAAAGGCUCGAUUUCAUGAGCCAAUCUGAACGAAUAGGUUCUGAGAAUCCUUCUUCAAGCCCAAAGAGUUUGCCUGAAUUCAUAGGAAGCGGAGGUGGGCAAGGGAUCUUUAAGGUGCCAUUAAGGGCAGCAAUUCAUCCAGGGCGCCCUACCUCUCUAGAAUUGAGGCCCCAUCCUUUGAGAGAGACACAGGUGGGUUGUUUCCUUAGGACCAUUAGUUGCGGCGAGAACCAGCUUUGGGCUGGUCAAGAGUCGGGUGUUCGAUAUUGGAAUUUCGAUGAUUUUUUUAUGGGGAGCAGCGAGAGGUGCCAUGUGAGGGGGGAUGAAGACACAGCACCUUUUCACGAGUCAGCAAACACAUCUCCUACGCUUUGUUUGCUCACUGAUGCGGCGAACCAGUUGGUUUUGAGCGGGCACAAGGAUGGGAAGAUUAGGGUUUGGAAGAUGGACCAGGACUCAGUGGCGGGCCAGUUCAAAGAAUGCCUUUCUUGGACAGCGCAUAAGACUCCCGUUCUGUCCAUGGUCAUGACUUCUUACGGUGACGUUUGGUCAGGUUCUGAGGGUGGUGCAAUCAGAGCCUGGCCAUGGGAGGCCAUGGAGAAGGCUCUCGCUCUGUCUGCAGAAGAAAGACAUAUUGCAGUUAUAUCAAUGGAGAGGUCUUUUAUUGACCUUAAGAAUUUGUUCACGGUGGGCGGUGUGUGUGCCAUUCCCAUGUCCGAUGUAAGAUACUUGGUAUCAGAUUAUUCUAGGGCAAAAGUGUGGAGUGGUGGGUACUUGUCCUUUGCGUUGUGGGAUGCUCGUACAAGGGAUCUUUUAAAAGUUUUUGGAGUGGAUGGGCAGGCUGAGGUUCGUGUAGACAUAUCAUCGGCACAGGAGUCUACCUUAGAAGAUGAGAUGAAGGUGAAGUUUGUAUCAGUCGCAAAGAAGGAAAAAACCCAAGGCUCCCUCAGUUUCUUCCAACGCUCACGUAAUGCUUUGAUGGGAGCAGCUGAUGCUGUUCGCAGAGUUGCUGUUAAGGGUACAUUUGGUGACGACAGUCGGAGAACUGAGGCAAUUGUGGCAUCCAUGGAUGGCAUGAUUUGGACUGGCUGUGCAAAUGGUGCACUUGUGCAAUGGGAUGGCAAUGGCAAUCGUUUGCAAGAGUUCCACUACCACUCUUCUCCUGUUCAAUGCCUUUGUGCUUUUGGAAUGAGAUUGUGGAUAGGUUAUGCUAAUGGUACUAUACAGGUAGUGGAUCUUGAGGGUAAACUAUUGGGGGGUUGGGUGGCUCAUAGUUGUGGGGUUACAAAGAUGGUGGUUGGGGGUGGUUUUGUCUUCACUUUGGCUAGUCAUGGGGGCAUUCGUGCUUGGAACAUGACAUCUCCAGGGCCUCUUGAUGAUAUAUUGAGCACCGAAUUGGCUCUAAAGGAACUUGUUUAUACGAAACGAGAAACACUUAAAAUAUUGGUUGGGACAUGGAAUGUGGGUCAGGAAAGAGCCUCUCAUGAUUCUCUCAUAGCGUGGCUUGGUUCUUCGGCAUCGGAUGUUGGUAUUGUGGUUGUGGGGUUGCAGGAAGUGGAAAUGGGUGCCGGUUUCCUUGCAAUGGCAGCAGCGAAAGAAACUGUAGGGCUUGAGGGUAGUGCUAAUGGUCAGUGGUGGUUGGAUACCAUUGGGAAGACCUUAGAUGAAGGAGCAACUUUUGAACGUGUGGGGUCUCGGCAGCUGGCUGGUUUGCUCAUUGCUGUCUGGGCUAGAAAAAAUUUGCGCCCACAUGUUGGGGAUGUCGAUGCUGCAGCAGUGCCGUGUGGGUUUGGGCGUGCAAUUGGUAACAAAGGAGCUGUUGGAUUGAAGAUGCAAGUUUUCCAUCGGAUAAUGUGUUUUGUGAACUGCCACUUUGCUGCACAUUUAGAAGCAGUUAACCGUCGCAAUGCUGACUUUGAUCAUGUUUACCGUACUAUGGUCUUCACCAGACCUUCUACUGCUAUGAAUGCUGUUGCUGCUGGUGUAUCCUCUGCUGUUCAACUAUUUCGUGGGGCAAAUAUUGUAGGAAGCCAACCUGAAGAGCCUAAGCCAGAGCUUUCUGAAGCAGAUAUGGUAGUGUUUCUUGGCGAUUUCAAUUAUCGACUUCAUGGUAUCUCAUAUGAUGAAGCAAGAGACUUUGUUUCCCAAAGAUGCUUUGACUGGCUCCGAGAAAAGGAUCAGCUUAGGGCAGAAAUGAAAGCUGGGAAAGUUUUUCAAGGGUUGCGUGAAGGUCACAUAAGAUUUCCCCCAACAUAUAAGUUUGAAAGACAUCAGGCAGGCUUACAAGGAUAUGAUUCCAGUGAGAAGAAGCGGAUUCCAGCUUGGUGUGACAGAAUUUUAUUCCGCGACAGUCGUACUACUUCUUUAACACAAUGCUCAUUGGAAUGCCCUGUUGUUUCUUCUAUUUCAAGGUAUGAUGCUUGCAUGGAAGUGACAGAUAGUGAUCACAAGCCAGUCAGAUGCAUUUUCAAUAUUGAUAUCGCGCAUGUUGAUAAAUGGGUAAGAAGAAAAGAAUUUGGGGACAUUAUGACAUACAAUGAACGGAUUACCUCUCUGCUUAGAGACCUGAAUGAAGUACCGGAGACCAUUGUGAGUACGAAUAAUAUGAUCCUUCAAUAUCAGGACACAUCCAUCCUCCGCUUAACCAACAAGUGUGGGACGAGCAUGGCUCUGUUUGAGGUCAUCUGUGAAGGGCAGUCUAACAUCAAGGAUGACGGCUUUGCAUCCCAACAUCACCCGAGAGGCGCUUUUGGUUUACCUCGUUGGCUUGAGGUGACUCCGGCUGUAGGCUUGAUCAAGCCUGGACAAAUUGUGGAAAUCUCAGUGCACCACGAGGAAUUCCACACACAAGAAGAGUUUGUAGAUGGGGUCCCCCAGAACUGGUGGUGUGAGGACACGAGGGACAAAGAGGUAAUUAUCCUGAUUAAUGUGAGGGCAUGUUACUCUAUCGAGUCAAGGAGCCACCGCAUAAGGGUGCGCCACUGCUUCUCUUCCAAAGCCUCCCGUGCUGACUCGAGGGCCAACUCAAACAGGGCCCAACAGCCCUCCAACCACCUUCACAGGGCUGAUUUCAAGCAUCACGGCAGUAAUUCUGAUGUGGUUGAUGACUUCCAAAACCUUCAUAGAUUAUGAAAGUGCACCUCGACCUUGAAUCCUCUUCUUAGAGUUGGAAGUUGCCUUGUAAAUAGUCUUGUUUAGGGAUCCUACCCACCAUUCUGAUUUAUUUAUUUUUUCUAAUUUCCUCAGUCUUUACUAGAUUUAUCUAUGCAUCAUUCCCACUUCCUGUCCUAUUGUAUUCUAUUGGUUAUUUGUCAUGGGCUGUCGGGUUGUUAGCCUGGUCACCCUCGUAUUCUUUGCAUGUAUUUUGCCAGCCAAUUCUUUGACUGAGUUUAGAAUGGGAACCCUUUGUGAAGUUUGAAGGGUUCCUGAUGUAAUAUUGGAGACCUGUUAUUUUUUGGUCUGGUCAGAAUGAGGACUGUAGAAAGAUAAUGAGACUCUCUCUC